AUGGCUCCUAUAACCUGUCCCAAAAUGCAGAGAUUCCCUGCUUCUGCCGGCGCUGAUGCUAUUUUCAAGGCAUUCGAGGAGGAUGGCUGUGUAGUCAUCGAGGGAUUUAUCCCGAAAGAUCAGGUGAAACGAUUCAAUCAGGAAAUACAGCCUUCAAUGGACAAGAUUCAAGUCGAAGCUACAGGCAAUGGCAAUAGUAACGACCGGGUCAAGCGCUUCAGCGAAUGCGUUACCACAAGCCCUACCUUCCGUCAUGAAUUGUUGGAGAACGACCUCAUGCAUCAGAUGUGUGAAAGAAUUUUCAGCAAGGAUGGUGAAGGGAUCGGGUAUCACUUCAACGAUACCAUGGUGAUAGAGGUCCAGCCUGGCGCUCCGGCCCAGCGUUUGCAUCGUGAUCAGGAACUCUUUUCGUGGUGGAACUCAAUGGGCCCCGACGCCCCAGAUUGCGUGGUCAACUUCUUUUGUGCCCUCACUCCGUUCAGCGAGGAAAACGGAGCAACACGGCUUGUUCCAGGAAGCAAUCGCUGGCCCAAAUUUACUAUGAUCAAUGAGAAAGAUUGCGAAGGUUACGAAAACAUACAAACCGUGCCGGCUAUAAUGGAACCCGGCGACUGCUACCUGAUGAGUGGGAAAGUGAUUCAUGGAGCUGGGCACAACUCCACGCUAACAGAUCAGCGUCGAGCGUUGGCAUUUGCGGUUAUUCGCAGAGAGUUACGGCCUCUACAAGCGUUUCCCCUCUGGGUCCCAAUGGAGAUAACCACCCAGUUGACAGCGCGAUCGCAAGCCAUGUUCGGGUUUCGCAGUUCUCUUCAGCAUACUGAUGUUGAUAGUAUUCACUUCUGGGGCAAGGACGGAAAAGACGUUGGUGAAUAUCUGGGCUUAAUCAAAGCAUAA